AUGAACUUAACCCAAUACACCAAUUUGAGCAGCACGCCUAAUUCGAACGAAGGAAAUCAGAAGCUUUUGCUGGUGCAGGUGCUGGUGGGGAUUCUUCUCUAUGUGAACGGACUGAUGAUUUUCACUUUUUUGAAGAAAGAGGCCUUCAGGGAAACGCGCUACAUUCUGUUUGCUCAGACUCUUUUUGCUGACUCUGCUCUUAUGCUGUUGACUGAUUUAACCCUCAUGGGGUCAUUUUACCAGUACCCUGUGCAUAUAAUUCCUUGCUAUAUCUUCUGCACACUUACAUCUUUGGUCUCUGUUGUUUCACCCAUGACUCUUGUCGCCAUGUGUUUGGAGCGCUAUGUAGCCAUAUGUAUGCCUUUAAGACAUUCUAGCAUCUCCACCCCUAAAAACACCUUCAUUGGGCUUCUCGUCAUAUGGAGUGUCAGUUUUAUCAUCCCAUUGUUUAUUUUCAUAGUCUGUUUUGUCUAUAUUCCUCCUGGUUUCUUGCGCAUUUAUGUUGUGUGUACAGUGGAGGCCAUGUUACAGAUAAAAUGGCUGGCAGACAUGAGAGCGACGAGUCUGCAGCUCUUAUUCAUCAUGAUGUUCAGUAUUAUUGUCUCCACCUACAUUAAGAUUAUGUUGGCGGCCAGAUCUGCCUCAGAGAAGAAAAACUCAACAAAUAAGGGUCUCAAAACUAUAGUUCUCCAUGGUGUUCAGCUGCUUCUGUCUAUGAUGCAGCUUUUAAUCCCUUACAUAGAAAUGCCUUUAUGGAAAGUAAAUGUCAUGCUGUUUGUGAAUGUAAGAUACUCAAAUUUCAUCUUGUUUUUGAUCUUGCCUCGUUGUUUGAGUCCCUUAGUUUACGGAUUAAGAGACAAAAAGUUUUAUAAUGCUCUUAAAUAUUAUGCCUUUUGUGGCAUUUUGGCAUGUAAUAAGCACAAAAUAAGAGAUGGAAAGACCUUUAGAGGAGUAGUAAGCAUUUCCAUACACAAUUAA